AUGCAAGCCUUCUGUUGCGUGUCGGACACCUGUGCAAGUGUUGUCGAUUCUUGUUCCUUUUUUGAAGGCGAAUUCAGUCCCAGUGACAAGAAGUAUAACGGCUACAGAAACGUUUAUAAGUGCGAAUACGGGCUGUUAGAGACAUACUGCGACUUGGAGAAACAAUAUCUUUGCUGUGCUACUGAAUUUGACAAGUGCUACUGGGUUGGCAAGGGUACAUGUGACGACAAUGAGUGCGCAUCCUACGAGGUUGAGCUCGCAUUGGACUAUUACGGUGACACAAAGUCGCAUUAUGCCGCCAGGUUUAACGGAAGAAAGAAGGUCUUAUGCUGUACGCCUUUCAGCAAGCUCAACCCCUUCAUUGGCAUUUCCUUGGACAAGCUUUUCCCAACUCUCCCGCCACUCACUGGUGUUCCCGACUAUGACCUGCAGCAUCUCGAGUUUAAGGGCGACAGCCCCGAAAGCUUUGGAUUUGUGAUCAUUGACGGGCCUCCAGACGUCGUCACGAGUCUGACGAAGCGGGAUGGGUCUCACAUUGACUUCGUGGACUGCGAGCCGAGCAAGAGAUACGACUUCACGAGGCACACAGUCCGUUAUCUUUGCUUGGACAAUUCCGAUGCAUCUAACUGCAACAAAAUUCAUUGA